GCCACUAAGCCGGCUCUGAUAUCAGCGGGUAUACGUCUAUACAAUUCAAACUAACUGGCUGGAAAAAGGUGGCCGGUUGCGGGGAGUAGUUGCGACCGGGCUCCAGGGCUAAAGCGGAUAUUUCCAGGAUAUCAUACUACACUGAAUAUGACGCCCAGUUAGCCCCAGCAGGAGCAUCGGAGUCAGGCAUGGCAUCGUCUUCCUACUUGGAACCCAACCACAAUCACUCCGCAGCGAGUGGUUGUGGGGUUAAAUCCCGUUCUGGGAUGCCCAGUGGUACUGGUGUUGGUACCAGCGGCUCUGCUGGAGGCCUUGAGCGGCCCCCAGGCUCCAUGGACCGGGUUUUGAAGAUCUUCCAUUACUUCGAGACAAACAGCGAGCCAUGCACCUGGGCUAGUAACAUCAGGCACGGAGAUGCUACAGACAUCAGGGGUGUUAUCCAGAAGAUAGCGGAGAUCCACAAAUUGCGCUGUGUGUCCUCGCUGGGCCUCCGUCUGACCCAUCUGCACUCUGAUGCACUCCAUUGGUUACACCCUGAUUUGGGCGUGUCUCACGUCAGGGAGAAAUACGAGAAGCAGCACCCCCAGGAGGAGUGGAGGUAUGAGUUGCGGAUGCGGUACCUUCCUAAAGGUUACCUCAGCCAUUUUUCUGAAGACAAACCCUCUUUCAACUACCUCUAUCACCAGGUCAAGAGUGACUACAUGCAACAUAUAGCUGAUCAGGUGGAUCAAGAUGUUGCUUUGAAGCUUGGCUGUUUGGAAAUUAGGAGGUUCUUCAGAGAGAUGCCAGGAAACGCCCUGGAUAAGAAAUCCAAUUAUGAACUACUAGAGAAAGACGUUGGUUUGAGAAGGUUCUUCCCCAAAAGCCUGCUGGACUCCCUCAAGGCGAAGACUCUUCGUAAGCAGAUCCAGCAGACCUUUAAACAGUUUGCUAACCUCAAUGAUGAGCAGAGCAUCCACAAGUUCUUUGAGAUACUCUCUCCCAUCUACCGCUUCGACAAAGAGUGCUUCAAAUGUGCUUUGGGGUCUAGUUGGGUAAUAUCAGUAGAGUUAGCAAUUGGACCAGAGGAAGGGAUCAGCUACCUCACAGAUAAAGGCUCAACGCCUACACACUUAGCUAACUUCAACCAGGUUCAGUCCAUUCAGUACUCUGCUUUGGAAGAGAAGGACAGGAAAGGCAUGCUGCAGCUCAACGUAGCAGGAGCUCCAGAGCCCCUCACAGUCACCACGGCAUUGCUGACUACAGCAGAAAACAUGGCUGACUUGAUUGACGGCUACUGUCGGCUCGUCUCCUCGGCUACUCACUCUUUUAUUGUCAGAGUCCACAAAGAGGGGGACAGAGCUCUGCCUUCCAUCCCCAAAGUUUCAAAUCAUGAGAGGCGGAUGGAAAAACGGAUGGACGGAGUACGGACCAGAGCUGUUUGUGUCUCAGGUCACACUAGUGGCGAUGAAACAGAUGACUAUGCUGAGAUCAUAGACGAGGAGGAUACUUAUACCAUGCCUUCAAAAUACUAUGGACUAGAUCAAGCACGGGACUAUGAGAUUCAGCGGGAUCGCAUUGAGUUGGGACGCUGCAUCGGUGAGGGUCAGUUCGGAGACGUCCACCAAGGAGUCUAUAUCAGCCCGGAGAACCCAGCCCUGUCGGUGGCAGUGAAGACGUGUAAGAACUCAACGUCGGACAGCGUCAGGGAAAAGUUUCUCCAAGAAGCAUUGACCAUGCGUCAGUUCGACCACCCCCACAUAGUGAAGCUGAUGGGAGUCAUCACUGAGAAUCCAGUCUGGAUCAUCAUGGAGCUCUGCACCCUGGGAGAGUUACGGUCGUUUCUCCAGGUGAGGAAGUACAGUCUAGACUUGGCCAGUCUCAUCUUGUAUUCAUACCAGCUCAGCACGGCACUGGCAUAUCUGGAGAGCAAACGCUUUGUACACAGGGACAUUGCAGCGCGGAACGUGUUGGUGUCUACAGUCGACUGCGUGAAGCUGGGGGACUUUGGGUUGUCACGAUACAUGGAAGAUAGCUCUUAUUACAAAGCAUCUAAAGGUAAACUUCCUAUUAAAUGGAUGGCUCCAGAAUCCAUCAACUUCAGACGAUUUACCACAGCCAGUGACGUCUGGAUGUUUGGCGUCUGUAUGUGGGAGAUCCUAAUGUUCGGCAUCAAGCCUUUCCAGGGUGUGAAGAACAACGACGUCAUUGGCAGGAUAGAGAACGGCGAGCGACUGGCUAUGCCCCCGCAGUGCCCUCCUACUCUCUACAGCUUGAUGACAAAGUGUUGGUCGUACGAUCCCAGCAAGAGGCCGCGCUUCAAUGAACUCAAAACACAACUGAGCACUAUAUUAGAGGAGGAGAAGCUCCAGCAGAAGGAGAGGAACAGGAUGGAGAUGAGGAGACAGGUCACUGUUUCUUGGGACUCUGGAGGGUCUGAUGAAGCACCACCAAAACCUAGUAGACCAGGCUAUCCCAGUCCUCGCUCCAGUGAAGGUUUUUACCCCAGUUCCCAACAUCCUGGACACUAUCAGAUGGCAGGGUACCCCGGCCCUCACACCCUCCCCUCGGUGCCCAGCGCCCUCUACCCCCCGCAGGCUGCGAUGCUGGACACACACCAUGCGCACACACACCCCCGCCACCACGUCCACACACACUCACACGCACAGCACCUUCCCCAGCCACAUGGACACGACAUGGCACUGUGGGGCUCUGCGAUGGAGGACAGGGCAGUAGACAUGCAGCAGUGUGUAGGCCAGCAGUGCCUGUUAAUGGAGGAACAGCUGAUGAUACAACAACAGCAGAUGGAGGAGGACCAGAGGUGGCUGGAGCAGGAGGAAAGGCUGCUGAAACCAGACUCUAGAAGUUCUAGAGGAAGUCUGGACAGAGAAGACGGGGGUCUCCAACCACCGACAGGAAACCAGCACAUAUAUCAGCCCGUUGGAAAACCAGAGCAUGCAGCUCCCCCAAAGAAACCCCCUCGACCGGGGGCCCAGAGCCAAGUGGGCAGUCUGGCCUGUCUAAAUACUGGAGACAGUUACAACGAUGGAGUCAAGCCCUGGCGGCUGCAGCCCCAAGAGAUAAGCCCGCCCCCCACCGCCAACCUGGACCGCUCCAAUGACAAGGUGUACGAGAACGUGACAGGACUGGUCAAAGCUGUGAUCGAGAUGUCGAGCAAGAUUCAGCCAGCUCCUCCAGAGGAAUACGUUCCCAUGGUCAAGGAUGUGGGUCUGGCAUUGAGGACAUUAUUGGCAACAGUGGAUGAGACUCUGCCACAACUUCCAGCCAGUACACACAGAGAGAUCGAGAUGGCACAGAAACUUCUGAACUCUGACUUGGCAGAGCUCAUUGGGAAGAUGAAGUUAGCCCAACAAUAUGUGAUGACCAGUCUCCAGCAGGACUAUAAGAAGCAGAUGUUGACAGCGGCUCAUGCUCUUGCAGUCGAUGCCAAGAACCUGCUGGACGUCAUCGACCAAUCACGGCUCAAGAUGAUGGCACACUCCCGCCCGCACUAGCCCCACCUCAGCUUGAGCUGACCAACAGGAGCUGGUCUGCAUCACUAUGGUUACUGUUAGCAGAGGAGGACUAAAGACUCCUGGAUUAAUGACGUCAAUCAUGAUAUGUGAGAGCUGCUGGAGCCAACUGCUUUACAUGACUGCGGCUCUGAUGCUUUGACAGCAGUCCGUGAAGGAUCAUUAGAUGUUGAAUCCUGUGUGAGCUGCGGUUGUCUGUUCAUCUGGGAUAAAACUCUCCACCACUGUGACUUUCUUAAUACAAGAACAGAGCAAAAACACCUCCUGAAUCAGGGACUUGGCAGCUUCACUGUUGGGACUGGAAUAUAAUGAUGAGGAAGAGUGAUGACUAUGGGUGUCUAUGGGUCUGGACUGGAAAAACUAUAAUGGGAGCGAUUGGAUCUGGACUUGACGUCGGGUGGAUUAGUCAUAGUGGGAUACAACUCUCAAGCAAGCCAUCAGAACCUGAUCGGACCGUGUUUGAUCUGCAACAUAUCUGCAUGAAACUUCACCGCAGGAAUGGACUUAGACGUCAGCCAGCAGCCGUGCCGGUACAUUUGUUGAUAUCAUCUGUUUUGACCCCUUGUUGUGAACCCUUUCCUCAGCUGAAAUACCUCCACAUCACCAUGGACUCUUUUGAGCAGGCAGAUCAAAUCAGAUGUUUUCUGUUCAGCUGCGGUGCUUUGAGCGAAUGCUUCAAUGAGGAGAUUCCCAGUAAAGACGGUCUCGGUUUGGUUGGAGAAGCAGCCUCCCACCCCUCCAUCGCCCCUCCCAUUUCUCUCUUCCAUGCAUUCCCGUCCUCCCUCACCAGGUUUUAUUUAUAGACUCAGAAGUUGCAGAGGAGGAGACGGAGGGAGAGACGGGAAGAGCGUGUUAAAACUUGAGGAUAGUCGAUCGCAGGUCUGCUGCCUGAAGAAGAGGCCCACUUUUCUCCUCUUUCCUCUCUAUUCCACUCACUGCUCUUUCCUUUUGUCCUCUCUGUCCCUCUCCUUCCCAAAGUCUUCCUCAGCUCCUCUGAGCAGGUUUUAAAGACUCCAAAUGUGAAGAAUCCAACUCUGUCUGGGUAAACGCUGCAGACAGGAAACUCCCCACUCGCACUCACUUUAUUCUACUCUUUUUAUUGGCUGGCUCCAUGUUUUGUGUGUUGUUUUCAGCAGUCGCAGUCUUCUUCCUGUGUUCUGAUAUUCAAUCCCAGCACUGACUCUGAUGAGCAAAAAUGAAAAAAUAAAAUAAAAUGAACAGAAGGUGGAUGUUGAGGAAUCAGUCCGACUGAGUGGACACGUCCUGUUUAUGGAGGAGGAAGAGGAGGACUUCGUGUCUCAGACUGGUCACUGAGCUGGACGUAACAUGUUUCUGUGAGGACACCGUCUCCUCUUCUUUCUUUCCCCUCACCUGCAGUCUCAGUAUCGUUCCGCUGUUCCUCAUGUAAGACUGGUGCCACACCUUUAACUGUCCCCUCACCCACUGUUGUCACAAAGUGAAUUUACCAGGGGACACAAACAAACCUCACAAGUAACUGGAACCUUCGUGCUUUGAUUCCCGGUUUCUGUCAGGUCUUACUCUUUAAAUAUGUCCCUCUUAACAACAGGGAAGCAAACAAACAUGAAAUGGAGCCACAUGACUGGAACUUGUCUUGCAGACACAAAACACUGAACUGAAAAUACAGCAGAUCACACGUGUCUUUGUUAAUACUGACCCCACAUGGAGUAUGAUUACUGCUAUAUGAAAUAUACUGGCGGCUGUACUGGUAUAGCAUGAUAUACUGGUAUGGAGAGGAGCAUAUUUGCACAGCACCAAAAAAAAAAAAAAAAAACCCUACCUUUUUUUAACCCUAUUUUACCCAGAUUGGAUCCAUGUUCAGC